CAUUCACUCUACAGGCAAGGAAGACACCACCAUGGCUGUAAGGAUGAAGAAUCUACUUGUUCUUCCAUUCCUGCUGCUUAUCAUUAUAUCUUCCACUUUUGCUGCUUUACUGGGUCAAGGCAACGAAGAUGAGAACACCAGGCUUGUUAAGUCCUAUUUAAGUAAAUUCUACAGCCCUGAAGGUGAGGCCGUGGCCACAAUCAAUAUGGAUGACGAUGUCGCUGUAACAGAAAAGCUCAAGAAAAUGCAGAAAUUUCAUGGACUACGAGUGACCGGAAAGAUUGAUGCCGAAACAAUAGCAAUGAUGAAAAGGGACAGGUGUGGCGUCCCUGAUGUGGAGCAAUUCACCCUCAACCCAGGGGAGCCCAAAUGGGACAGGAAGAACAUCACAUACAGGAUUGUAAGCUAUACUCCAGAUAUGCACGAAUUCUAUGUGGAGAAGGCAAUCGAGGCAGCAUUUAAAGUUUGGAGCAGGGCAGCACCCUUGGAAUUCAAAAGAGUCACGGAUAAAGUGGCAGAUAUAGAGCUCUCUUUUCAACGUGGAGACCACUAUGAUAAUUCUCCUUUCGAUGGGCCUGGUGGGACACUGGCACAUGCCUUUCAGCCAGGGAGCAACAUUGGAGGAGAUGUCCAUUUUGAUGAGGAUGAAACCUGGACCGCAGGGGGCCCACAAGGCCACAACUUGUUCAUUGUCGCUGCCCAUGAGAUCGGACAUGCUCUGGGUCUGUCUCACUCCACCGACCAGGGGGCACUGAUGUACCCCUCCUACACAUACUCGGACCCCCGCACAUUUCAGCUCAACCAGGACGAUAUUGAUGGCAUCCAAACCCUCUAUGGAAAACCUGAUAUCCCAGUAAAAGGACCCAAAACACCAGAAGCUUGUGCCCCCAGCACCACUUUUGAUGCUGUCACCACCUUACGUGGAGAAAUGUUGUUCUUUAAGGGCAGGUAUUUCUGGCGCAAACACUUCCAGUCAGGUGUUCAGCUCGAAUUCAUCGGUACCUUCUGGCCGGAACUGCCAUCUGGAAUACAAGCCGCCUAUGAAAAUUAUGAAACUGAUAACUUCCUUGUUUUUAAAGGAAACAAAUAUUGGGCUCUAAAUGGAUAUACCAUUGAAUCUGGCUACCCUAAAAGCAUCUACCAGCUGGGCUUCCCAAAUACUGUGAAGAGAAUUGAUGCCGCGUUUAGUGAUCCAGAAUCUGGGAAGACAUAUUUCUUUGUAAAUGAGAAGUAUUGGAGGUAUGAUGAAAUUAGACAAUCCAUGGAAACAGGUUACCCAAGGCUGAUAGCCCAAGAUUUCAAAGGAGUUGGCAAAAAGAUUGAUGCUGCUAUACAGCAAAAUGGGUACAUCUAUUUCUUCCGGGGAAGACGGGUGACUCAGUUUGAUCCUCGGAGGAAAAGCGUUGUUCCGCCCAUUCAAAAGAGCAACAGCUGGCUGAACUGUUAAAACAUCUAACGAGUGCUUUCUAAUUAUUAGUUAGCACUCCUGUUGUGCCUAACCUUAAUUUAUAAACAGCAAUUCCUCCUUUAUCUACUGUCAACUGAUGAAUCAACAAUGGCACGUGGAAUUAUCUUCUCACCCAAACGUACAGAAAUUUUGGCUGAGUAAAACGUGCCCUAAAUGUGCUUAUG